AUGCCACCUUCUAUUUCUGGUAGCGCAGUUGAGUUGGACUGGUUGAAUUACAGCCGGUGUGGAUCGUCCAAGGCGAUGGACCGUUAUUGCCACUUAUUUUGUGUUAUGUUGCAAACAACGAUUUCUACUUCAGAUUUGCCCGACAUGGCUAACGAUUCUCCCGAAGACGAAAUUCUUAAUGGACUUGUUAAAGCGGCUACUUUGCAGUCGGAAACGCGGGAUCACCGACGGAAAGCACGACAGUUCAAUCGAAAAUCACGUAAGUUGAUCGCAUGUGCUGCUACUUUGAUGUAG